GAUACUUUAGAGGCGUGGCUGCUCUGCCUCCACCAUCAUGGCGGCGGCGGCGGCGUUUAUAAUUCUUCUGGUUGUCAGUAUAGGGGCAAAUGGGGUAGCGUCACGAUUAGGAAAUCCAGGGGAUGAGGCGCUAAGGCUUGAGGAGGGCGUCGGGGUGUCCAUGAACAAUGGAGUGAUAAGGGCCCAACCGGGCUCUGUCAUUCGCCUGCGGCUUUUUGGCAAUGACACCUGGCCCUGGGUCUCCAUAGGUCCUCCCGGAGGCCACACUUGUUCCUCUGGUGUGGUGGCCUCACCAUUGCGAUUGCUUGAAUUUCGGGUCUGUGGGGAGCAUUCCGCGCUCAUCACUUUACAAGCCCUACAUGGUGAGAAAAGCCUAAUGUAUCCCCUGUGUAUCCGCAGAGGUGGUAGCUGGGCUCCUUAUUCCGAAGGUGACAGUCUGAUUACGGUGCUGGGAGUUGGGGAAGAGGAGAAUCAGUCAUGGGUAGAAGGAGACAAACUUUGUGCACCGGGAACCCAUAGCUCUAGAGCAAAUAUCAAGGAAAAUAACCCCUCUGUUGCAGCUCAGGAUAGUGAGGGACAGCAAUCAUUGGCACCUUGGCUCCUGGCCCUUCUUAUAGCUAUACUCCUCCUGCUUUCAGGAUUAGUUAGGGGUCUGCAGCUAAGUACCCUUGCUUUGGAACCCCCAGAGCUUGGUCUUUUACGUGACUGGGGUUCACCAUCAGAAAGACAUGGGGCUGCCCGCAUAGAUAUGCUUCGGACACGUUGGGGGGGCUACACAUUGAUCUCUAUGCUAGCACUAUCCUGCCUCACUAAUGCAGCUGUAGCUGUCCUCCUGUGCCAUGCAAUUGGCUCAAUCGCAAGUUCAAUCUUUUCUGCAGCAGGGCUUCUCCUGCUGGCUGGAGAAGCUCUGCCAGCUGCGGUUAGCUCUCGCUGGGGCCCAUCUUUGGCUCCUAAAAGCCUUUGGCUCACUCAUUUCUUUAUGCUUUUGGCAGGGAUCAUCUCUUUUCCUCUGUCUUUGCUGUUGGAGAUAGUUUUUAGACAGGAUCCUAGCUGUUGCCGUCUUAGGCUGAAAAUUCUAGAGAUGGCACGUUGUGGAGACCCAUACAGCGAGUUGGUGAGGGAUGAAUUCAGCAAAGGAGCCCUGAAAAACAGGACAGUGGAGGACAUCCUGACACCUGUAAAUGAGUGUUUCAUGCUGCCCAAUGAUGCAUUGCUGGAUUUCAGCACCAUGUCCAGCAUCAUGGAGAGUGGUUACACCCGCAUCCCUGUGUAUGAAAAUGAGAGGUCCAACAUUGUUGACAUCCUGUAUGUGAAAGACUUGGCCUUUGUUGAUGCAGAUGAUUGCACACCCUUGAGCACCAUCACUCGCUUCUACAGUCACCCUGUCCACUUUGUGUUCAGUGACACCAAACUGGACGCUGUGCUGGAGGAGUUCAAGAAGGGUAAAUCACACAUGGCCAUUGUACAGAAGGUGAACAAUGAAGGAGAAGGUGACCCGUUUUAUGAGGUGAUGGGAUUGGUGACACUAGAGGAUGUCAUUGAGGAGAUCAUUAAAUCAGAAAUCUUGGAUGAAUCUGAAGAUUGCACACACAAGGUGAAGAAGAAACGUGCACCAUUGCAGCCUCUCUCUAUUCCCAGAGGAGGAGAGGACCUGUCCUUUUUCAAAACUUGCGACACGGAACAGAAGGUCAAGAUUUCUCCACAGCUCUUGCUGGCAACCCAACGUUUCCUGUCUCAGGAAGUUGAACUGUUCAGCAGCUCCAGAGUGUCAGAAAAAGUUCUCCUGCACCUUCUCAAGCUUCCAGGUGUAACACAAGAGGUGAAGUUUGAUGACAGCGACCGUCUCUCUCAAGAGCACUUUCUGUACCUGCGUAGCCAGCCUGUAGAUUACUUCAUUCUUAUCCUGCAGGGUAAGGUGCAGGUGGAGAUCGGAAAGGAAGGGCUGAGGUUUGAGAAUGGAGCUUUUACUUAUUAUGGAAUUGCUGCACUUAGCCCUUGUCUGUUAGGUUACCAGUCUCCUUCCUAUGGCUGUGAUCCAAAUGACCUUUCAGAUCCUUAUACUUACUGUCCCGACUAUACUGUGCGAGCUUUGUGUGACUUACAAUUAGUAAAGGUAUCCAGAACGCAGUAUAUGAAUGCUCUCAGGACUUCGCACACCAACACUCAGUCUCCAGACAGUAUAGAGCUGAAGAUUCUUCCUAACAGCCAAACCCAGCUACUGAACAACAGGAACACAGAAUCAGCACUUCUAAUCAAUACAUCAGUUACUGGCACAAUUGAAAGUUUCAGCUAAUAGCGCCUCGUACUGUAUUAUUACAGAGAAAAAAAGAUGGAUGAGGAAACCGAACCCAAGGUGCAGAAUGCUGAAUAGAAGAGGGCAUUGAAAAUCUCCAUCUCCCUUUUUUAAAAAACAAAACAUUGAACUUAACAUAGGGGUUUGGGAUUCACCCCAUCCUGAAAGACUUGUUACUAAUGCGGAGAGUUUGUGAAGCUCCUCAAUGGGGCUGCUAGUUCACAGGUCCUCCACCAGUGCCAUUGCUCGGUGCCAUUUUUAGUGUAACUGUUUUUUUACAGAUAUUAUUUAAACUGUUUUCUGGCUGUCCCUGGCAGGCCGGAGGGACCUCAAUGCCUUCACUGUUGGUGCACUGCAGUCACAGAAGGGCGAUAAGCAAUCUUCGUCCUAAGCUGCAGUUGUUCUAGCAGCGCUCCUGGUAAGAUGGUAGAGUUCUGCAAGGUGUAAAGGUGAUGGAGUUAUCAUUUCAUAGAAACUAUAACCACACUGUUCUUUAUUUCGCAUUAAGAGAAUCAGGGGUUGGGAGUUAAGAUAUCAAGGACUUUAGUGGAACAACAUACCACCUCUCCCAAUAAGUAAAUUAAUAAAUAAGAGCAGACAAAGCAUACAGGAUGUUGCUUUAAUCUUGUUCCCCUAGUAUUGCUGAUAGAGAUAACAGCCAUGAUAAAAAUGAACAUAAAUUAAAUCAAAUUUAAACUGGAUGUGUAAUCAGGCUUAUUUAGUGUACUAGAGUUAAACUUUUUAAAUGUGAAAAAGAUGCAGAUGAAAUAAACAUUAAAUUAACUUCAUAAAA